AGACCAUCCUUCUCAAGGGCAUUGAUAAAUUAGUUACUGAAGUUAUGAAAGUCCAGGACUUCAUUAAGCUAUCCCUUAAGGAAGACCUCUUCGGGAUCCUGAUCAAAGAAGCCGAGUCAGAUAACCAGAGUGAUGAAGGAGAGAAUAAAGCCAAGACCAAGAUAGGCAUCAUGGCAAGAGGCAUUUUGAAGUACCUUAAGAAGACCAUUCAACCUACAACUUAUUAUGUCAAGAUUAUAGGAGAGAGUGUCAAUAAGUUACAGUACAGAAAACUCUUAAAAUUUUAUGGCCUGAACCCGAAGGAUUUUGUCAAGCAGAACCCUGAUGAGCUUUAUAAGGAAUCACAGAGCAAGGGUAUGCUAAAAGCAGCCCAGAAAGUUUCGAAAGAGAGACUUGAUAAGCUUAAAUCGGAAAAAUUACAGAGAAAGAAUGUCUUGCAAGAGCGUCAACAGAAGAUGCUUGAAAUGCAAAGAAAGAAGGAUAAAGAAAAAGAAAACCAGAUCGAAAAUACUUUACACGUGAUAGGAGAAAAAGUAUUAUCUCAUGAUAGAUCUAUUAAAUCUGAAGGGCUUCAAGACCUUAUUAUUAUUGCUUCAAAGAACAGUCGACAUCUGAUAAAUAUCCACGCUUUUCAAAUCUUAUUGGAUGAAGUAAUAAAUGAUAUCUGCAAGAGCGAGGAUAGAUUAAGCUAUAAUGACACUGGCAAAAUUCUGGCAUUUUUGAUUGACAUGAUCCCCAGUGCAACUUUCUUUUUCAAUAGCAGAGCUGAAAAAUUAUUAUCAGCAGGGACUGUUAAUCUUAUGGUAACAAAUUCUAAAUUAAAAACAAUAAGUCAGUUCUUUCUAAGUAGCUUGGCUAAGUAUGGACAAAUAAAUACGUUCUUACCUCUUUUCAUAAAAGAAUUCAACAAAGUGACAGUUUCAGCUGUUGUAGAAAAAGGGUACAUCCUUGAAUGUACAGCUAACCUUCUAAAAAGGCUAGAUAAAAGCCAGGAAAGUAUCGUAGACUCUGACACAAUCGAAGAAAUAUUCAAACUAAUUAACAAGUUGCUAGAAGACAAGAGUUUGAAAACCUCAACAACACCAUCAAAAAAAACUAAAAGAGGAAGUUCAAAGUCAUCACGACGAUCAAAAGGGAAAGGUCUAAUCCAGACUAACCCGGCUGAAGCUUUUGCUAAAUUUAUGAAGGCUUCAUAUCCUCUGACGAAGGAAAAGUUAUUUGAGAAGACAGACCCAAAACAUAUGAAGAGAAUAUUCAAGAUGAUAGAAUAAGCAGUAUCUUCAACUGUGUAGAUAAAA